AUGGGUUCAACGUUGAAUGAAUAUGUGAUUGAAGCCUAUGAACUGUUUGCUAUUCCACAGUUAGAAGAGCCCAUCAGGCCCAGCACGGUGUUAGAAGAGCCCAUCAGGCCCAGCACGGUGUUAGAAGAAGCUAUCAGGCCCACCACCGUGUUAGAAGAAGCUAUCAGACCCACCACGGUGUUAGAAGAAGCUAUCAGGCCCACCACGGUGUUAGAAGAGGCUAUCAGGCCCAGCACGUUGUUAGAAGAAGCUAUCAGGCCCACCACCGUGUUAGAAGAAGUUAUCAGACCCACCACCGUGUUAGAAGAAGUUAUCGGGCCCACCGUCUUAGAAGAGACUAUCAGGCCCACCACCGUGUUAGAAGAGGCUAUCAGACCCACCACCGUGUUAGAAGAGGCUAUCAGACCCACCACCGUGUUAGAAGAGACUAUCAGGCCCACCACCGUGUUAGAAGAAGUUAUCAGACCCACCACCGUGUUAGAAGAAGUUAUCAGGCCCACCACCGUGUUAGAAGAAGUUAUCAGGCCCAGCACGGUGUUAGAAGAGCCCAUCAGGCCCACCACCGUGUUAGAAGAAGUUAACAGGCCCACCACCGUGUUAGAAGAAGUUAUCAGGCCCACCACCGUGUUAGAAGAAGCUAUCAGGCCCACCACCGUGUCGCUCCUAUCGCAAAUUCAAGAUCAUCCCUCUUAA